UUGGCCAUACAGUGCGCGAGUGAGGUGUUGAGAAGGUGUACGUGUUCUGGCUUCCACUAAACCAGAUAUAAAGAACUAAUUCACUGUAUGAUGCAAAGUUCGUUAUAAGAUAAGACAAAAUGCAGGUCACUAUAAGAAUGGGAACUAAUGUGUGAUUACAAAAUAAUUAAAAGUUCUGCGUUAUGCUGGAUAUUUUUCUUCGAGCUUAAGAACACUGAUCUACACACUGCAAGCAUCAAUACAGCUUUAUUUUCUCUUUGUUCUGUGUUCACCCUGUGUUCUGUGUUCACCCUGUGUUCUGUGUUCACCCUGUACUCUGAGCUCAAUCAAGGAGCUCCCAGAAUCGACUCUGUUAAAAGAAAUGUGAAUAAUAGGAUUAGCAAACGUAAUAUUUACCGAAGUAAAUUUUAUGUAAGACAGAAAAACUCAGUGAAUACGCCGGAAAAAUAAUAUUAAUGAGGGUGAGCAGUCGACUCUGGGGAAACAGUGAAAUGUUUGGGAAGUAGUGACAGAGAUUAGUGAAUUGUGUGGGGAGAAGAGGCACUGAUUUCUGGAGUGUUUGGAAAGUGAGAGAGGCAGUGAGAGGCAGUGUGGGCAGAGACACUGUAGCAGCAACAGUAGCUAGAGACGCAAGUGUAUUAUUUAUCCUGCUCUCAGACCAGUCUACGUGUGAAGUAUACCUUUUUGCACAGGUAUCCCAGCGAGGGAUACCUGUGCUGUGAUUCUAGUUUCAUCACCCAGCGAGGGAUACCUGUGCUGUGAUUCUAGUUGCAUCACCCAGCGAGGGAUACCUGUGCUGUGAUUCUAGUUGCAUCACCCAGCGAGGGAUACCUGUGCUGUCAUUCUAGUUGCAUCACCCAGCGAGGGAUACCUGUGCUGUCAUUCUAGUUGCAUCACCCAGCGAGGGAUACCUGUGCUGUCAUUCUAGUUGCAUCACCCAGCGAGGGAUACCUGUGCUGUGAUUGUGUUGGAAAUGAAGAAGAUUCACUUGUGACCCUAAAUGCAUCACCCAAUGACAUUUUUAAGGUUUUUAAGUUUCCUUCGUGGUUUAUGAAGGUAGUUAAUAAACUAAGAGAAGAACAAAGUUGAAAAGUCAAAUAUGAGAGGAGGAAGUCAAACUUAUGAGAAGACAGGCAAAGUUGACAGAAAGACUUAGUGUGUGGAACAGGUGGUAGACACGUGCUUUACACCUGUUAUAAAAACACCUGUGGCUUCUGACACUGUUCCACAUUUCUCACACACUUCUAAGAGUCUCCAACGUUUUCUAACUUUUUAUCUGUGAUUUAACGUGCUGUGGGAUUACUUAUCUUUAUGCGUUAAAAUAAUGUGCAGGUGAAGCUCUUUUUUUUCACUUGUGAGUAAUUUUUGUUUGUUUGUUAUAUAGGAAUGUGAAAUACUUGUAGUCGACUGAGACUUGUUAUUAAUCUUUUUGACAUUAAUAGAACUUAAGUGUAUCUUGUGUAUCGCUGGACACACUCGCCACUAUGCCUGUGUCUUCUUUUUAUGGCCAUAGUGGCUACGUUAACCGUCCCUUCACUAGAAGCAAUAGCAGCAGCUAUAUUCCUACUUUAGAUUCUUUUAAGUACUCCUUAGCUGACACUCGAAGUAAGGGCAACUCCUCUGAAGACAAUCCCGCUAACUACUUUAGAUCGAAGUACAUAAUUCCCGAAGAUGUUCCUGCUUCUAGUUAUCUAGCUCCUGCGUUCACACCGACUUCUAGAAGUGGCUAUCAGCUGACAAAAAUCACCUCUACCGACAAUAUAUCGCAAUACAAGAGUCUUCCAGAGGACAACAGGAUUCAGAAAUCAACUUCAACCUCAAGUUUCUUGACCGGAAACACAGCCAAUAUUCAGAAAAAUUUCACCACUCCGGAACACAUGAGCGCAAUGGCGUUAUACACAACUUCCAGACCUAAAUAUUCCGACUACAGUCUUAACUUACCCAAGACAGUAACCCCUGUGGAAAAUAAACAACCUGAAGAACGCAAAUUUGUAGGAAGGUGUGGCAACCAGUCAACCUAUGCAAACAUGUACUUAGCGAGAGUUAAUAAAACGAAGGAUGUCCGACCAAAGGAGAUAGAUACCAGAGACAUAAAUACGACAGAUAAACCUAAAAACGCCAAUUGGUUCAGAGCCGACCGAGGGAGAGAGGACGAGGGAUUAAUAUCCAGGAAUCGACAAGUAGUUCGUCUUACAAUCAAAAGAGAAAAGAAUGAGCCCCAGGAUCCCUUUAUAGUGAAGAAUAAAACUAUUAAUACCAUCGCGCAAAGACUCAUCGAAAAAUAUAAAGUAAAUGAAAAGCAGGACUCGUACGCUUAUCAACCAACCAGAAGAAGACUCCAUCAAGACAGACUGAAUGAUCAGACUCCCGCUCAGAAAACCCUAACAGGUCGACCUCCGUGUGUUCCAAAGUCUCUCGAUAAUGUCACACUGCAGGAUCAACAAGCCUCCAAGUCUUCACCUGAGAAAAUUCAAGAGAAUGUUCAAACCAGAAGUGUUCCAAACUUCCCCGACGAAGAAGAGAAGGAUAUUGACGCUGCUACGAUUCUUCACCGCGCGACCACAACGGCAAAGAUUAAGAAGGAACUGGAAAGUUGGGAGGAGGUGAAGGAUGCAAUAUAUGCGGCCGUCUUGCAUCCUGAUGUUGAUAUAGAAUCAGAUGAGGAGAUGGAGAAGCUGAUAAAAGGAGAUGCAGGGAGCUCUUCCAGCUCAACCAAAGAGGGCGAGAAUGUUGCAAAUGACGUAGGCAAAGGUCAGGCCAUUAUUGGCCAGCUGAAGAGAUUCGUUAAGCAACAAGAAUCCGUCAAAGGACUGAACAGGAACAAAUCCUCAGGGAAAGAAUCUUCCGGUUCAAGAAGAUCGAGGAAAAGCAAAGAAGAAAAGGGUAACAUAAAGGAAUUUGGAAUAUCCAACGAGUCGGGGAAGACAGAAGUAAAUUUAUCAGUGUUGACGACCAAGGUGGUAGCCGAAGACUCCAUGAGCAAUAUUUAUGAUUCUUCUGGAAAUAAUUUUCCAGCUAAUGAUCAUUUGGAUAAGCACAAGGGAAUGACGGAGAACAGGGAGACAGGCAAGACACAAAGAAGAGAAACUGAGAAGACUGAAGAUAAAGAGAGUGUAAGAGACAUAACAAAGCCACCGUUACCCAUAAGUUGGACUGGAAGACCAGCCAAGCAGAAUAAGAAAUCUCUACUUUCAGCAGACUUGGUGCUUGCCACCACCAACACAUCUGCAGACAAGAUAACAAAAGGUAAAUUACUGCUACCAGCAGAUAGAAAGGAACUAGAGAGUAAAAAACACACAGGCAUAAUUAGCUCCAUCCACACCGUGGAAGACAAAAUGCAAGAAAAAUCACCAUGGUCAACACUGAACAAAAGAGGUACAAGUUCACUCCUCUUACCUGACCUUGUCUUGAAUAACCUGACACUUACUAGCAAGAACGAAGUAAAACCUCCAGUAAAACCUGUUCAAACCUCGUCAGAAAACAAACCCUCAGAUAAUAAGGUAAACGAACAAGAAUUACAAAAGAAUAAUAAGGAAAAAUCGGAAGAAAUACUUAGCGGAAAACUAUUUAAAAAGGCACAAAGUUUAGCUUCCUCAGAAGAUCUAAACAAAGUGAAAGGAAAAGAAAAUAAUAUAAAUAAGUCGUCGAUGAAUCAAACAGAAAACAGAAAGUUGGAAGAUAAAAAUGUCCACAAAACAGCAAGAGAUGACGAGAAGGACUUUACAAAAUGUGCCACUGGCAAAGAAAUUCACCAGACAAAGAAUAAAUUUACGAUGCAAACAAAGGUCCUGGAGAGACCACCAGAGACCCCUCAGCUGACACUCUCUCAGACUUGUUCUAAAGUGCACUCAACUUUUCUGGAACAGUCGAGUGCUGAGGAUAAGACUUCAGAAUUUCCACACUUCCCAUCUUCUGACAGCUUUGAUGAAGGAAACAAAAGAAUUCCCAUCAAAACACCACCAAAUAUCGCAGGUCAACCUUAUGAUCAACGAUUAAAUUUGACAGCAGGUGAGACGAAAAAAAUAAAUUCUGGAAAAGAAUUAGGAUGCGCUGGGACUAAAGAAUAUUUAUUCUGCGAGAAAAAUGGGAGGAUAUCGACAGGAAUUACUAAAAGCGAAAUAUCCAGUGUGUUUCCUGUCUCCAGGGAGAACAAAGAGGAGACAGACACCAAGAAGGAGACUUCUGAGGAUGUUAAAGCCAACAGCCCUCGGCAAAGUUGUCUCCAAGUGCCCUGGCGUGAGCACUUACUGAACACUCACGACGGUGAUCAAGUGUCGAAAAAGACUCACCAGCAAGAGAGAACACACCUUGACGGUCAAGUACAAGAGAGAACACACCUUGACGGUCAAGUACAAGAGAGAACACACCUUGACGGUCAAGUACAAGAGAGAACACACCUUGACGGUCAAGUACAAGAGAGAACACACCUUGACGGUCAAGUACAAGAGAGAACACACCUUGACGGUCAAGUACAAGAGAGAACACACCUUGACGGUCAAGUACAAGAGAAAACACACCUUGACGGUCAAGUACAAGAGAGAACACACCUUGACGGUCAAGUACAAGAGAAAACACACCUUGACGGUCAAAUACAAGAGAGAACACACCUUGACGGUCAAGUACAAGAGAGAACACACCAUGACGGUCAAGUACAAGAGAGAACACACCUUGACGGUCAAAUACAAGAGAGAACACACCUUGACGGUCAAGUGCAAGGGAAAACACACCAUGACGGUCAAGUACAAGAGAAAACACACCAUGACGGUCAAGUACAAGAGAAAACACACCAUGACGGUCAAGUACAAGAGAGAACACAACAUGACGGUCAAGUACAAGAGAGAACACAACAUGAUGGUCAAGUACAAGAGAGAACAUACCACAAUGGACGUAUACAAACGAAAACAAAGGAUAACCAGCAAGAAGAUAAAGAGAAAACAAGUGUUAGAGGCACUGGAAUAUUAUCAGAGACUAGAACAAAGAAGAAUGAGGAGAAAGGAACUCUCAGGUAUACCAAGCAGUCAGGGAUACCUACAAGAAUAAACGAAGGAAUACACCAGGCUCAGGAAGAAGCAAGAAAGAAGAUUGCUUUAAAAGAAGAAAGCGAAUUCAAAGAGAAGUCCAAUCUUGAGAAAGAGACAAAGGAAACAAAGGAGAAACACGAGUCAAAGAUUGAGAAAGAAAGAGAAGAACAGGAAAAGAAUAAGUUGAAGAUCGGGAUAGAAAUGGAAGAAAGAGUGCCAAGGUGUGAGAAAACUGCGGAUAUUAAUGAAAUACAAGAAAGCAAAACGAUGAGAGACGAACGAGGGGAUAAGAAAACUGAGAUAAAGCAGGACACAGUGACUCUAACAGAUAUAUCAAUGGCUAAGAGAGCCAUCAAAAGACCUCGUCAAAUAGUGCCUCCCUCUCUACCACAGAAGGUUAUCAGUAAUGAGCUGUUGAAUGCUCGCAAUAUACUGAAAAGACCAGUCAAACAGAACCUAAUUACUCCCGUUGGCACUACGAAACAAGAUGUGAUAAAUGGUACAAUAGUAACUACAGCUGGUAACAUAAUUUUGAAACAGGAAAUAUCUCGUUUAGUUCCCCAGAAUCAGGGUAACCAGUUCCUACAAGCUAGAAAUGUUUUAAAGAAACCUGUAAUAAAACCAACUGAAGAGAAAAUCGGGAGGAUAGAAGAGAGAAUCCCAGAGAUUAAGAUAAGAAAGUUUGUUAAAAAGGUGGGAGAGAGCAGCCAGGUAGAUAAGAAUAUUGUUGAGGAACCUCCUGGUCACACCAUCAGGAAACAAAGAGUUCCUCGAUCUAGAUCUUCCUCCUCUUCCUCAGACGAGGACCUCACAAACAGAAAGAAAGAAGGGAGACCAAAGAGGUUAAUGAAGCCAAGACCCACAACUGGUGAGAAGUCUCCCAGUCCUAAGACUCUAUCAUCUCUGAAGACCAAAGACCCAGAAGUUUCUUGUGUCCUCCAGAAAGAGGAUCAAGUUAGCGGACAUCAGCAGGAACUAUUAAGUACAAAGGAGGGCUCUGGGUCAGUGGAUCAAGAGCAGAAGUUGACUGCUUGUCAGUCUGCUGAUUCUGGGUAUGGUUCGUGCCCAAGUACCCCUCAGCCGACCCCCACAGUCCCAGCAGACUCAGGCUACGGCUCUAGUCCCAGCAUCCAGCCACAGGUCCAAGAUGAAGAUAUAUGUACUGUGUGUGGAGUCAACUGUCACAGGAAGUGUGAGAAGCAGAUGCCCAAUUUAUGUGGAGUUAAUCAAAAGCUGCUGGCUGAGGCACUUUCCUCUGUCAAGAAGGGUGGUAUUGCUGAUGGGACCACCAGAACUCUGGCCUCCUCUACCAAGACCUCCUCAACCUCCAUCUCUGGGUCUGAGGCCGAGAGCACGGAAGAUGAGACCGAGACCACAGACACAGACAGUGGGGAUUACUUUGGUCUACCAGAGAUCAGACCGCCCCUCCAGUCCUGCCCCAAGUUCAAGAAAUAUAAUGUCACAGAUUUUGACUUUAUUAAAGUACUGGGGAAAGGUAGUUACGGUAAGGUGAUGCUGGCACAGCAGAAGGACUCAGAAAACUACUUCGCUGUCAAGUGUCUGAAGAAGGACGUAGUACUUGAAGACAACGACGUGGAGUGUACUCUAAUAGAGAGGAAAGUACUCAGUCUGGGUACCAAGCAUCCGUACCUCUGCCACCUCUUCUGUACUUUCCAAACACCGUCGCACUUGUUCUUCGUGAUGGAGUACCUGACUGGAGGUGACCUCAUGUUCCACAUACAACACUGUGGUCGCUUUGAUGAGUUCCGAGCUUGUUUCUACGCUGCUGAGAUCACGUCCGGACUCAAGUUCCUCCACAGUAAAGGCAUUAUUUACAGAGAUCUCAAACUGGACAACAUUCUGCUGGACUAUCAGGGUCACAUCAGAAUUGCUGACUUUGGUAUGUGUAAGUUACAAGUGUACCUGGACCGCUAUGCUGACACUUUCUGUGGCACUCCUGAUUAUAUGGCACCCGAGGUCAUCAAGGGUCUUCAUUAUAACCAGUGUGUGGACUGGUGGAGUUUUGGAGUGUUACUCUAUGAGAUGAUGACAGGAAAGUCACCCUUCAAGGGCUGUGAUGAGGAUCAUCUCUUCUGGCUCAUAUGUAAUGAUGAACCUUUCUACCCUAAAUUCCUCUCCAAGGAAGCUACCAACAUUCUCAAACAGUUGCUGGACAAGGACAGCACCAGGAGACUGGGUAUACCAUUCAGUCCUUAUGGUGAGAUCACAGUCCAUCCAUUCUUCAAGUACAUUGACUGGAACAAGAUAGAGAGGAAGGAAGUCGAGACUCCAUAUAAACCUAGACUGAGACACAUCCUAGAUGUUCAGUACUUCGACCCUCUGUUUACAAAGAGAGAGGCAGCCAUCACUCCGUUAGAUGAGAGCAUCCUGGCCACUAUGGAUCAGACAGCCUUCAAGGACUUCUCCUACACCAACCCCAACAUUACUGACUGAUCUUGGCCCUCCUCAGGAAAAGUAGGGUAGCUCCAGCACCUUAAAUCAAGAACCUUUCAGCAAUAACAAAGCGGUCAUCACCACACUAGACGAGAGUAUUGUGUCUAACGUGGAUCGAACGGCCUUCAAGGAUCCUCCUUCACUAACCCCAACAUUACUGACUGAUCCUGCUACUCCUCACAAAGAGUAGGGCAGAUCCAUCAUCUGAGACAAAGAACAAAUAGAGACCUAAAGGAGUCUAGAAGAGGCCUACUAGAAAUUAUCUAGAUUCUAGACCUCAUUCUGGCACUACUAAUAACUCAAUAGUACAAGUGGGAAAUAUCCACUAGUCUUAUAACAGCCUAGAGGAGUCUAGAGUAUUUUAUCUAGUAGGGAAGGCACUGAGGCUCCUUUCUCACUGAUGUAGGUAACUAGCAAUGAAAUGCUGUUUUAAUAUAAUUACCAAAGUUGAGAGUUCCUCAGGUCUAUCUUGGGUUAUUGAGAAUUGAUGGUCACAAUCUGGUAGUUAGCCAGCACAACUCUCAAAGAAUUACAGGAGAUACAUAAGAAUUCAGAGCAGGAAUUGGAAUUGAUUUGUAAUGGUAGAUGGUAUUGGAAUACUAACAAACUGUAGCUGAUAAACACAAGCAAAAACUGUAAUCUCUAUUCAAGACGAUGUUUCACUUGCACAAGCAUACGUGGUAGAUUAUACCUGUCCCACCACCAGGUAUGUUCCAUCAAACUUGAAAAACUCUGCUGUGCAGGCAAAACAUUGUCUUAUGAACUGGAACUGACUUUACAGGAAUCCUGGAUUGAGAAGCUAAGCGAGGUCUUGGUAUCAGUGGAUGAUCCAGCUAGGCUGGCUUUAAUACACACAACACAUUAAGUCAGUGGAGCAGACAGCAGCUACACUCACAUUAAUGGAUAUAAACAGAGAGGCUAUAUUUCUACUGUUCUUAGUAGAGAUUUGUAUUAGUAUUAAUUAUGCAUAUAAAAAGUGAGAUUGACGAUAUAGGUAGUUAUUGCAAAUGCUUAAAAGAUCUGACUUUGUAGACAGGCAGGAGGGCACUGCCCUAGAAACUCAACAUAGGCAUUAUCAACAUAUAACAGAAGGUUGUAAAUGGUGUGGUGCCAACAACAGUGAUGAAGAGACAGGGUGCAGAAUAAGCCGUUAUCAAGAUAACGUUUUAUGUAGAGCUUCUUCAUGUUUCACUGUGUAAAGUCUUAUCAUGUCAUAGUUCACUGUGUAGACCUUUAUCAUGUCAUAUUUCAUUGUAGAGCAUUAUCAUGUUAUGUUUCAUUUUGUAGAGCUUUAUCAUGCCUUGUUUUAAUCUGUGUAGAGCUUUAUCAUGUCUCACUUUAUGUAGAGCUUUAUCUGUAAUACAGAGGUUUUAGUUAGCACACAAUUAUACAUUGGAAGGUAAAGUAGUGAGUUUCCACCUUAAGUUCAAGAAGUAUUAUUACCUGGAGUCUCUGUAUGACACGAUGAACCUUCACAAACACCAAAACGUUAUCACAAUAAAUGCUUCUCUUGCAAAUUGUCUUUUUUCCACUAAGUUUUUAAUGUAUGUUCUUGUUGUCGCUUGAGAGGCAUUCUGUGGGACUUAACAUUGCCCUCUCUGUUCUGAAGGGGACUCUCAGGGGAUCGUUUUACUUCCAUAGGAGGAGGUUCCCAGAAGUAGGUCCCACUCCUUUUGUGGGAGAGUGGGAAUUUAUUGGGAUUUUUCAGGGAGACUCCAAAGAUGAUCUACAACUAUUUAAUAGUGAUCCCUUUCUCCUGCCUUGUGGAAGCCACUGAGAAUUCCCCAUUGGAACUAGAGGAGGAAUCUAUAGUCCUUACUUGUGGGGAAAAUUGGGAGUGCCUCUCCACUGGGACAAGGAAGGUCCCCAUGACAGACAGCUUGGAAACUUAUUCACAGAGGCCAGAUGACUGUAGAGGUUUCUAUGAAAACUUGGCCUCACUGUAGCAAGGCUUGGUAAAUGCGUUGUACUACACCACAACACACAGCUGUCACCCCACAAUCAUUCUCCCUCAGAUGCUACUAGCUAGGUGUCUGUCUUAGCUGUGGCCUUGUUGGGUGCUGGUCAGCACCAGACAACAAAGAUUCUCUUCCCUUCAGACACUUCUAUAGGUUUUCCAAUCAACAUUUCAAUUGGUAUGUGUCCAUUUACCAAUAUUUAUGUCAGUGGGGCAAUGAGUCUCAAUCAUCAGUUCUCAGACUGACAAUGAUGGAUGUCAAGGAGUCCAGGGCAACAUUUUAACAGGUCCUCGGUGUAUUAUAAAAAAAUAAGAAAUUUGCUAGAAAUUUUGAGGAUUUAAACAUAAAUAAUGAGGCACUGAACAAUGUUUUGUUGUUAUUUUAAUGCUUUGUGAGUAAAAAAAGGGGAUUAACUAUGACUUUAAUGGUUCCUCAAGGGAAAUAUAGAGUUUAAAUAGUAGGAGAACCACUGGACUAAACACAGUUCUGACAGCAAGUCCACUGUGUAAACAUGAAGCUAAACCACAUGUUAGUCCUUCCUUCACCAUUAUAAUAUUGUCACUCAGCACUGGUACAAUAAAGAGAGUAUGAAGAGUGACUCAGCACUGGUACAGUAAAGAGAGUAUGAAGAGUGACUCAGCACUGGUACAAUAAAGAGAGUAUGAAGAGUGACUCAGCACUGGUACAGUAAAGAGAGUAAGAAGAGUGACUCAGCACUGGUACAGUAAAGAGAGUAAGAAGAGUGACUCAGCACUGGUACAGUAAAGAGAGUAUGAAGAGUGACUCAGCACUGGUACAGUAAAGAGAGUAAGAAGAGUGACUCAGCACUGUACAGUAAAGAGAGUAUGAAGAGUGACUCAGCACUGGUACAGUAAAGAGAGUAAGAAGAGUGACUCAGCACUGGUACAGUAAAGAGAGUAUGAAGAGUGACUCAGCACUGGUACAGUAAAAGAGAGUAUGAAGAGUGACUCAGCACUGGUACAGUAAAGAGAGUAUGAAGAGUGACUCAGCACUGGUACAGUAAAGAGAGUAUGAAGAGUGACUCAGCACUGGUACAGUAAAGAGAGUAUGAAGAGUGACUCAGCACUGGUACAGUAAAGAGAGUAUGAAGAGUGACUCAGCACUGGUACAGUAAAGAGAGUAAGAAGAGUGACUCAGCACUGGUACAGUAAAGAGAGUAUGAAGAGUGACUCAGCACUGGUACAGUAAAGAGAGUAUGAAGAGUGACUCAGCACUGGUACAGUAAAGAGAGUAAGAAGAGUGACUCAGCACUGGUACAGUAAAGAGAGUAUGAAGAGUGACUCAGCACUGGUACAGUAAAGAGAGUAUGAAGAGUGACUCAGCACUGGUACAGUAAAGAGAGUAAGAAGAGUGACUAUAUUAUGAUGAGUUUUUUCAUUCAGAGUUCUUAAAGAUAUGAUAGAGCUCAAAACUACCAUACUAGUUAGACACCAUACUUGAUCUACCAUACUAGUAGACACCAUACUUGAUCUACCAUACUAGUAGACACCAUACUUGAUCUACCAUACUAGUAGACACCAUACUGUAUCUAUCAGUAGACACUAUAUUGUCUCUUCCAUACUAGUAGACACAAAUUCAGCACUGUCACCUUACUGUCUGACUGAUACUAGGAGUGUCUGGUGCCUAUCAUUCUAGUAAGCACUAAUCAACCCAUGAUAAUCCAAGAAUGACUGAAGUGUUCUUUAGCUUUAUCUACGGUGGGUUGUCUUAGUUAUGUUCUUGGGGCUUUUCUUCACGCCAUGAAUCUUGCCAUUGGUUAUGAAGCCUUUGACAUAUUUCUAACAUUUGUCAUUCUCAUUAUCUUCACACUAAGUGAGACCUAUUUUGUUGUUUGAUAUAAGCAAGACAGCAGCUGGCUGCACACAACAUGAAUCUGUCUUGGCACUUAAGCUUUUCUCAAAUUAUAGGUUGUAUGAAGUCAAUGUUUGGAGGUAGUGAUGUGACCUGUAGUAUUUAAUGAUUACCUGAGAGUAAUGUUGGACGACUGUGUCGUCCUAAGCUCGGCUGCGCUCUCUCUCUCACUUUCCUCGUGUAUAAAUGUAGCUUAGCUUUAAAUUGUAGAAAUACACUUUCAUAAAUACA